CACGCUCAGGUGUCCACACACACUUACAUGCAGCAGCAGCCAUGUCAAUCCCAGCUUCCUCUCCCUGGUUGGUUAAUGAGCUGGGCGAGCCUCUCUGCACCGUGGUAGCUCCGCCCCCUUACUCCUACGACCCCAAUGGCAGCGAUUUACCCCGAGACUGCAGAGUUCUUCAGUAUUACUUCAACUUGGGCAUCCAGUGGUACUGGCAGCAGCAAACGACGUUCCCCUCCCCCUCUCCUGAGAACCACUACACCUACCAACCCUACCCCCCAUACCUGAGCCAGGAGCCUCUGCACGCUGUCCCCCAGUCCUCCCAUCAGCCCCCCUCUUCCUACCCAGAAUCCACCAGGGCAGGAGAUGGACAGACGGACGGACACGGCGGUGGCCCUGCCCCAUCGAUGGAAGGCUCCACCUCCUCCAUCGGCCCUGCAGCUCCAGGCUCCGCACCCUCCACUGCUCUUCUGUACCAGGAGCAAACGCCUCUCCCCCCUCCCCCUAUGCUGCACCUGCCAUAUGAAGCCCCGCCCAUCACCACCUACCUGCCCUCUGCUCCUCACCCCACCCAUCCUCCUCCAACCCACCUCCCCCAUCACUCCUCCUACCACUGCCUCCCACCAUCUGUCCAGUGGGGAACGCUGCAGACUGGAGGCCACACCCCACGGGUUUACUGUCCCGCCCCUAAUCCAGCCCACGUGGUUGCUUAUAUUACAGCCCCACCCCCCCACCACACAGCCACACACUACAUCCCCCCCACCGUCUGAGACGCACAUCCUGCUGAAACAUACCUCACGAAUUAGCAUGAAGCUAACGAGUAGCGUGCUAACACAAAUUCCCAUUGGCAGAAAAACCUGAGAAAUGUUCAAAAUAUAACAAUUUUGAAAACAAAUUAAAACUUAAUUUAAAUAUUUAGGUAAAAAAGUUUUGGUUAGAUAACUGAACUUCCAGUAAUGAAGUAUUUCUGUUUGCACUUUAGCGUGUUAGCUUCACAUUGAAAAAUGUUAAAGAUUUCUGCACUUCUUAUUUUGUUGCCAAAAAGCUUUAUUUACAAACCUUACUCAGCCACAAUCACUUCCUGCUCGGAACGUUCAAGUCGAGAGCGACAGUUCCCGACACGACUAAGAAAAACAGAUUUUUGUUAUUCAGUUAAUUGAGUUUGUCAGCCAAUCAGUGAGAGGGGGCGGGGUGUGGUCAGUCCCUGUUUAUUGAUGAGGGAUGUAUUUAUGUUGACGUUUUGUUCAAACUGCCGAUGGUGAAAAGUUUUGUUUCUGGGAGAAUAAAGUUUGUUUCACCAGCAGACGACAGUUUGUUUCAUCAGUGACAAAGAUCACAUGGUCACAUGGUUCAGGACCAUAGCUCCUCAAACCUGAGUCAGACUGAAGCGUUCAAACUGAACUGAGUGUGAAAAUAAAGACGACAACUCGUCUCCACUUCAGAGAUGAAGCUCAAAUAUCUCAGACACAAACGCUGCCAUCUUGUGGUGAUGACAUGAUUUACAGUCAGAGUCUGUGCAGUGAUGGUGGAGUGGAGCCAAUCACAAAUCAAUUCUCAGCUGUCAAUCAUGACGUCUCCGCCUGUUUCUACAUCAUCAAUAACUGAUCAAACCAAACUGAUGAGAAACACUUGAACAAACUUCAGAGAGAGAAGAACGAGCUGAAACGACAGAAACAUCUUUACAAACAUUUAUUUAACGUCUGCUUUGAGUUUCUGGGGCCUGAACUAGAAUCAAGGUUACGAGCUAACUUCACGAAUAACCAGUUCCACGAGACGUUUAACCGUUUAACGAGUUAUGUUACCACAGCAACUGUGCUCCGAGCUGUUUCUAUUCCUGUGAAACUGCUGCUGUAUAAGCACCGCCCCCAGACACAUAACACACAAUGUAGAUUUUACUGAAGCUUUACUUUUUGAAUACAAUUAUUUUGUGACUUUGUUUUCUCACUCAGCGAAGAUUUUCCUCAUGAACAAUACAAGAUGUUGAAUAUGCUACAUUAGCAUACAUCACUUCGUUGAGUCUGGAUGACAGGAUGAGGGACUGAAGCCUGAAGUGACAAGAGUGACCUGCUGGUGGCGCAACAUGAAAAGUCAGGAUUCUUUCUCUGAGCAAAGUUUAUGUUCAGGUGUGAACACACUCAGAUCAGGUAUAGACAUGUGGAGGUGGUCUGAGCCACGUGUCCAACAGUGAAUUCAAACCG